UCACGUUUUGUAUUAUUGGUUUUACAUUAAAACAGAACUUCAUAUUUAUAAAUAGUCUUUUCUUUUGGGUCUUAGUGAGGGCGCAAACCUUAGUAACACAACCGGGUUUGAGAUAUAAGAGCAAAAGUUGCAUCACCGCAAACGACCAAUAAUAAAGCAAUUUCGUGAUACGUGAACCCACAUACUGAUUUCUUAUUGGUGACUUCCACCGGCUUAUCACACGAUGUCGCAGACCCCACAGCUUCAACGAAGUUGAGGUUAACUCAUUUUAUUUAGUAAUAAAAACGUAUUUCUGAAUGAUAAAAAUGAGUGCUCGAGGUUUAUUUUUGUUAAGAAAUGCCAGUUCUUGUUCUCAUUCGCCAUUUUUUGUGACGACUCCGAUAUAUUACGUAAAUGCAAAUCCCCACAUCGGGCAUUUAUAUAGCUCGCUGAUCGCAGAUACCGUCUACAGAUGGCGCUGCAUCACUAAUAACGUCACGAGUGCGGGAAAAUUUAAAUUUUCAACCGGGACUGACGAACACGGUUCCAAAAUUCAACAAGCUGCGGCUAUAAACAACUCAACUCCUGUUGACUACUGUUUAAAAGUGUCGUCACAGUAUAAAGACUUGGCUCAACGCUUUAGCAUCGACUAUACUGAUUUUGUUAGAACGACUGAUGAAAAUCAUGAGCGAGCGGUGCAUAAGUUUUGGAAUAUUUUGAAAAGAAAUGGUAAAAUAUAUUCAGCUAAGUACUCUGGCUGGUACUGCGUUUCCGACGAGACGUUUUUAACUGAAUCACAGUUAAAGGAAAGAGUCGAACCGGAUGGCCGUAAAACAAUUAUUUCCGGUGAAAGCGGUCAUCCAGUCGAAUGGAUCGAGGAAGUCAACUAUAUGUUUCCGCUUCGAUCUUUACAAGACGAUCUUAAAUAUUGGAUCAGAAGGAACGAGAAUUCCGUCAGGCCAGCAAAGUUCCGAAAGAUCUUGCUGGAUAUGGUAGAAGCGAGCCCUUUGCCGGACAUUUCAAUAUCUCGUCCGUCGAGUCGGGUGCACUGGGGCAUACAAGUACCGGACGACGAAACUCAAACGGUUUACGUGUGGUUGGACGCCCUCGUCAACUAUUUAACCGCCGCCGGAUACGCGGAGGGGGCGGCUUUCUCCAAAGUAUGGCCGCCGAGCGUUCAGGUCAUCGGGAAGGACAUCCUCAAGUUCCAUGGCAUUUACUGGCCUGCGUUUCUCAUAGCCGCCGACCUGGAACCCCCCGCGACCCUCUUGUGUCAUUCGCACUGGACCGUCGAUGGCGAAAAAAUGUCCAAAUCGAAAAACAACGUCGUUUGUCCUUUCCAAAGGAGCAAGAUCUACACGAACGACGGUCUGCGUUACUUUUUACUGCGCGAAGGUGUCGCGCACAGCGACGGCAAUUACAGCGACACCAAGCUGAUCCGCAUCUUGAAUUCGGAAUUGGCCGAUACUUUGGGUAAUUUAUUGAGUCGGUGCUGUGGAAGUGCCCUAAAUCCUCGACAGACGUUUCCGCGGAUCGAAGAGGACGCGUUGAGGAAGGUUGCUGAGCUGGACGUGACGAAGAAACUAAUUGAGGAUGUCAGGGGGCUGCCGGAUGCGUGUAUGGGCCAUUACACCGACUUUAACUUCUACAAGGCAGUGGACAGGCUAAUAGCCACUCUUCAUCAAGCCAACGUCUUCUUUGAAACUUUAAAGCCGUGGGCGCUGAAAAAAGAUCCAACCAAAGCAGCCGAGUUGGACGUCGUCUUGCAUUUAACUUUAGAAACUCUGCGGGUUUGUGGGAUCUUGCUGCAACCUAUUAUUCCAAAUAUAGCUGCUUGUUUGUUAAAUAAAAUCAGCGUGGAGAAAGGGAAGAGGUGUUUUGGUGAUGUCAAGACGUUAUCGUGGGAGGCCGGAGAGUUCGCCUCGAGGGACCUGGGGAGAGAAAAGGAGGUCCUGUUUCGAAGGAUUCUGCUAGAGGGGGAAAGGAAGACGCGACGAGUUUAAGUAGAUCGUAGUUUAUUGAGUUCUUUUUUUAAUUUAUGUACAGUAACAAUGAUUGUAACAUCGAUAGAGGGUAUAAAACAUUCAUCUAUACAAUAGAACUCUGGAUAGAAAGUUUACAUCGAGUUAGGUAUUUACAGAGUUGUCUACACAUUUUAUACAGAUAUGCGCGCUAAGUUGCGAUUUGAAUAAACCGCUUCAAGUUGU